CACGAAGGUCAUCGCCGAGUAGUUCUAGAUAGUACAGGACAUAGCGAUGUUGCCCAGCAAGCAUACGAUUGGCUCCAGGCAUGCUUGAAGACACAUGGCGCUUGUCGGGGUGUUCUUCAAGAGCCAGAAUACUAUCCGAAACGACUGCUUGAUCUUCGUCUGCGUAGAACCCGCCUUAUAUUGACCGCCUCGGAGCCACCACGCAGCCAUUACGCGACUCUCAGUCAUUGCUGGGGGCGUGUUCCAUUCUUUCGCCUGACCUCGAGCAAUGAGGAGGAACUUAGGCGGCAAGUGCUUGCCAACAAGCUACCACGAUCAUUCCGUGACGUAAUCCUCUUCACGCAGCGGUUAAGCAUUCGAUACCUAUGGAUAGACAACCUCUGUAUUAUGCAGGAAGGGCCCGGGCACGAAGAAGAUUGGAACGAACACGCAUACCUCAUGGGCUCGAUUUACCAAAAUGGUAUCGUUAACAUUUCCAUUCUUCAUGCGGAAAGCCCGUACGUUGGAGCCUACACAAAACGC